AUGUCCCAGUCCACAGUUGAGAAGAGCAAUGAUGCCGUGCGACCGCCUCCGCGACGCGCGAUCGUUGGUGACAUCGAAGCCAUGCAACACACAACCAAUAUCGAUCGACGACAGUGCUCUCGUGUCGUUCCUCUUAAAGUCCUCUGUCUCGGCCUCUCGCGUACCGGCACGGCUUGUGAGUCUACCUCCACCCACCACAUCUUGGUAACAUGGUGUAGAUAUGAUCAGAGCGACGGGAAAGAAUUCAUCAAUGGACGACUCAUGCUAAUGAUCGGGCCACCAGCACUCCGACAAGCCCUCCUUGACCUAGGCUACUCCGACGUCUACCACUAUGCAGCCAUCCUCAACGAAAAUCCCCGUGAUGCCGAAAUGUGGAACGACGCUCUCGACGCCAAAUACGACCCUUCCGGCACCCACAAGAAGCCUUUCACACGCAAAGACUGGGACCAACUUCUGGGCCACUGCAUGGCGACCACUGAUACUCCUACCGUAAUAUUCUACCGCGAACUUCUGGAGGCUUAUCCCGAAGCGAAAGUCAUCCUGACUGUACGUGAUAGUCCGGAGGCAUGGGUCAAGUCGUAUCAGAGUACGAUUGGACAGUAUGCGCUUGCUAUGAGGCCGCCGGCCACGUUCUGGGGAAAAUUUGUUAAAUGGGCAUUUGCGCCGAGGGACGAGUUGGGUGAGGGAUAUUUCAACAGGGUGGUGAAGUGGUAUGAUAUGAUUGGAAUCUUGAUGAGGGAUUUGGAGAAGGGGACGAAUGAGGAUAGUGUGAAGUACUACACAAGCUAUAACGAGGAGAUUCAAAGGUUGGUGCCGAAGGAGAGGUUGUUGGUUAUGAAUGUUAAGGAAGGAUGGAAACCUCUUUGUGAUUUCUUGGACGUCGCGAAACCAGAGUGGGCAUUUCCGCAAGUCAAUUCUACGGAGGACUUUGGUCGUCGAACCGCAAAGAUCAUCGAUCACUUUGGUGGAGUCAUCAUGUGGAACAUGGCGAAAACACUUGUACCAGCUGUUGCUCUGGCAGUCGGAGGUCUCGCGUGGUGGAUGCGAUCAAAGUGA